CAGACGUCGCCGUAUGGUAAUCUCUGACGACGACAGCCGCUGUGUGUCAUCACUGAGCGUCCCCUCCCUGCCCGCCAUCUCCCCCGCCGGCCGCCUCCCCUCCCCCAGCGCCAGGACCUCCAGGAGCCUUCCGGCCACGCCCUCUCCUAACCCAGGCUCCGCCCUCGCCCAGCCCAAAGACACGGAGGAGGAUCGGAAGAAAAUGCACGAGGGUUGGCCCAGGACAAACAGAGACAAGGGAUGCAACUCCGGAGCAAGCUAGACGAGAUGAAACGGAAACGGACUCAGAAACAGGAAGCCGAAUUCGUGGAAGUCAUCGAGUUGAAAGAAAAAUAGCAGGAACCUAAUUGUCUGGGCCCUGCACCAUCACCUCCUGUUAUGCCAGUUGUACCGACACUUUUCGCGGGACAACGAUCAACAUUUCCCGUUAUGCAUUCAUUCUUUCUUUCUACAGUAGCUAUGGCAGAAAAUUGUUGUUAUUUUAGAGGCAUUUUUGUUUGUUCCCGGAGCUAUUGUCUGAAGUUUUCCGGAACAAACAGAUAACCCCGAAACUUUGUCCUGUUGCGAGGCAGUGACCACUUUGAGGCUGCUGAGGAAGUCUCCUCUGUCGUGGUGAGCUCAUGACUUCCUGUUGUGAUGACGUCAUUCUCAAAGCGCCGCAGCUAGGUCUACUGUAGGGACAAGCGGAAGAAGGAAACAGGAAAAGAAGGCGCCUGGGAGAGACUGACUUGCCUCAAUGGCAGAUUGUCCCGAUCUCAGCAGGUCUGUACCUCUUUGAGAGAACGGCCGUACAACCGACAUGACAACGUUCACUGGGCGCCGGAGCCGUCUUUAAGGAUUCCACUGCAUAAUUUGUCUGUGGCUGAAUGGGUGACAUUUGGCUUGCAUGUCAACGGCGGAUUUCUUAAACACUUAGCCUUCUGUGUCAAGUUAUCUUUGACGAAUACUUUUAAAGAUACAAUUUACAGAAUUGUAUAAUCUGGUUCUGUAUAGAACACCCAUUUCACUUUUUUGGGACUUCAGUUCCCUUCAUAAUGUUACAUUUAUCAGAAUGUUAAAAAGUUGUCUUAUGCACUGUAAUAUUUUUGGACUACUCUCUAUAUUAGGGUGCUGUGUUAAAGAAUAUAUUCAUGUCGGGCAAGAAAGUUGGCAGAAUGUUAAAAGAGAUACGUUUGGCCCCUAUUUUGCACAUAUCAUGUUCUCGGAGCAAAUCUCCAUGACACAAGGUAAAACACAAGCACACACAUCCACAAACACACAAACACACACACACAAACACACACACACACUGUCUCAUCAAGAUAACAUGUCCCUAUAAGACACAGACAGAAGUGAGCUCUGUAUUAUCUUGUACCAUCACCAUUUUUGUCUAUGUUUGACGUAAACCAAUUUGAGCGCACUGAAUUCCAGUCGGAAAACAAUAGGAGUUAAUUUGCUACCCCAGAGAGAGUUACGAAGCUCUAUCUGCUCAGUAGAUAUCUACAUGAUUUCAAAAAUUUUGAAGUAAAAAUUUCGAUUUUCAUAAUAUGUCAAGCUUUUUCGAAUGCAAUUCUUUGAAUAUCUUGAUAACUGCUCCGAAUAAUCUUACAAUUUUGAUCGAGCAGAUAGAACAUCAAAAUUUGGUUCCGGACUUCAUGGUCUUAGUAUUUCAAAAGGGCUAAAAAUGUCUGAAAGAAUUUUGUAAUUUUAAGGUAGCGAGUGGUGAGACUGAAUUUCUAUGGAACAUACGCAUUAUCUGCAAUAACUUCUGGGGGCUUAAAGGGAAAAAAUGUUUUAAGAGCCUUGAGAGCAGCCGUUCUAGAAGUUCCCCAAAAACCUGGAAGUCGAGACAGUACUCAGCUGGCAAUCUUUCUAUUUCUGAAAUUAGAGCACAGAGAAUCUCUAACGUCGGUAUGCUAUUUUUAAUGACUUCGUUUUCUUGAAAAAUCUCUUAACUGCAUUAGAUAAGAUAAGAUAAGAUACAUCUUUAUUCUCCAGAUCCUGGCACAU